AUGAUACAGAAGACGUCUGCAGGACAGAAGAUAUCUCAGACUCGGGUUUUUGAUUGGCAUCGGCGCUUUCGUGACGGCAGAUCGUCUGUGGAAGAUGAAAAGGGGCGUGGUCGUAAGAGUUCCGUAGACGCAACGUUAGUGGCAUCUGUAAAGGACGUCAUCUUCAGAGAUAGGCGGACACAAAUACGAGAUGUUUGUAACAUAACUGGUUAUAGUUUCGGUACAGUCCAGAGAGUUAUUUCUGAACAACCGAACAUGAAAAAGGUUCUGCGUAUAGAUUUGCCACGUGCGUUGAUGAAGAAGAGGCCCGACGUUACCAUGGAUAAUAUAGUGUUACACCAGGACAAUGCCCCCGCUCAUACGGCAGAAUCCACCAAGUUGGAGAUAAAUAUACUUGGUUGCGAUUCAGUGGAACACCCUCCUUAUUCUCCGGACUUAGCUCCGCUGGAUUUUCGUGUAUUCCCAGUGGUAAAGGCUGCCUUAAAGGAUUGUGGCUCCGUACCAGCGGUACCACACAGCACGUAUACAGCCCCCACAAACAAACUCCUCGGUGCACGUGUAACGUACUCGUGUAAUUCUGGAUAUACGUCGUCAGGCACAGUGAGCAUUUCAUGCUCGACAAGCGGUUGGACCACACCACCAGUCUGUCAUUGGGAUUGUGGCACGGUACCAGCAGUGUCGUACAGCACGUAUACGGCCCCAACAAACACACUCCUCGGUGCACGUGUAACGUACUCGUGUAAUUCUGGAUACACGGCGUCGGGUGCAGUGAUCAUUUCAUGCUCCACAAGCGGUUGGACUUCACCACCAGUCUGUCAUAAAGAUUGUGGCACCGUACCAGCGGUUCCACACGGCACAUAUACAGCCCCCACUAACACAUUCCUCGGUGCACGUGUAACGUUCUCAUGUAAUUCUGGAUAUACGUCGUCGGGUGCAAUGACCAUAUAUUGCCAGACAAGCGGUUGGACCACACCACCAGUCUGUCAUUGGGAUUGUGGCACCGUACCAUCAGUACCACACAGCACGUAUACAGCUCCCAUAAACACACUCCUCGGUGCACAUGUAACGUACUCGUGUAAUUCUGGAUACACGUCGUCGGGUGCAGUGAUCAUUUCAUGCUCGACAAGCGGUUGGACCACACCACCAGUCUGUCAUUGGGAUUGUGGCACGGUACCAGCAGUGUCGUACAGCACGUAUACAACCCCAACAAACACACUCCUCGGUGCACGUGUAACGUACUCGUGUAAUUCUGGAUAUACGGCGUCGGGUGCAGUGAUCAUUUCAUGCUCGACAAGCGGUUGGACCUCACCACCAGUCUGUCAUAAAGAUUGUGGCACUGUACCAGCGGUUCCACACAGCACAUAUACAGCCCCCACUAACACAUUUCUCGGUGCACGUGUAACGUUCUCAUGUAAUUCUGGAUAUACGUCGUCGGGUGCAAUGACCAUAUAUUGCCGGACAAGCGGUUGGACCACACCACCAGUCUGUCAUUGGGAUUGUGGCACCGUACCAGCAGUACCACACAGCACGUAUACAGCUCCCAUAAACACACUCCUCGGUGCACAUGUAACGUACUCGUGUAAUUCUGGAUACACGUCGUCGGGUGCAGUGAUCAUUUCAUGCUCGACAAGCGGUUGGACCACACCACCAGUCUGUCAUUGGGAUUGUGGCACGGUACCAGCAGUGUCGUACAGCACGUAUACAGCCCCAACAAACACACUCCUCGGUGCACGUGUAACGUACUCGUGUAAUUCUGGAUAUACGGCGUCGGGUGCAGUGAUCAUUUCAUGCUCGACAAGCGGUUGGACCUCACCACCAGUCUGUCAUAAAGAUUGUGGCACCGUACCAGCGGUUCCACACAGCACAUAUACAGCCCCCACUAACACAUUUCUCGGUGCACGUGUAACGUUCUCAUGUAAUUCUGGAUAUACGUCGUCGGGUGCAGAAACCAUUUCAUGCUCGACAAGUGAUUGUGGCACCGUACCAGCAGUUCCACACAGCACGUAUAUAGCCCCAACAAACACACUUCUCGGUGUUCGUGUAACCUACUCGUGUAAUUCUGGAUACACGUCGUCGGAUGCAGUGAUCAUUUCAUGUUCGACAAGCGGUUGGACCACACCACCAGUCUGUCAUUGGGAUUGUGGCAAUGUACCAGUUGUACAACAUAGCACGUACACAGCCCCCACAAACACACUCCUAGGUGUGCGUGUAACGUACUCGUGUAAUUCUGGAUAUACGGCGUCGGGUGCAGAGAUUAUUUUAUGCUCGACAAGCGGUUGGACCACACCACCGGACUGCCAUCCAGUAACCUGCUCUGUACCGGACGUAGAGGAUGCUUCGAAAGAUUCGGGGGCAACGAUUGUUUACAACACGACUGUUACGUACACGUGUGCAGAAAGUUACAUUGUAACAAAUGGCAGUUUAGUAAGGACAUGUCAAGCUGACGGCCAAUUGGAUGGUACUUCCCCAACUUGUACUCCAGGAACACGAGCUAUUAGAUUAACUAACGGUACAACUCAAUUAGAGGGUCGUGUUGAAGUAGUACACAAUGGAACAUGGGGUACGAUCUGUGAUGAUGGAACAAAUACAAACUUUGCCAAGGUCGUGUGUCGACAGCUAGGAUAUGCUACUGAUAGUGUGGCAUUACGUACGAAUGCCUAUUUCGGUGCAGGUAGUGAUCCGAUUUGGCUGGAGGAUGUCACUUGUCAAGGAGACGAGCCUUCGAUCGACGCGUGCUCGUUCAGUGUAUGGGGACAACACAACUGCGGACAUAACGAAGAUGUCGGAGUAACAUGCACACCUGCUAUAAAACUACGUAACGGUACAACGUACUUAGAGGGUCGUGUUGAAGUAUUUCACAAUGACACAUGGGGUACUGUCUGUGAUGAUGGCAUAAAUACAAACUUUGCCAAGGUCGUGUGUCGACAGCUCGGAUAUCCUACGUAUUUUUUUUUCAUAAAUGAUUCAAUGUUUAAACAAAACUAAUUUUAUUGAAGUAAUUCUCGGUUAGAUAUUUUUGUUUUAUUUUAAACAUCUGUGUAUGCUUUACUGACUUAUUCGUGGGAAAAUUCUGAAAUUGUUUGGCAGACAAUUAAAAAAGUAAAACGAACACCAGCAUUCAUAUCAA